AUGAGUCAGGGUGAAACUGGUGCUUGCCCUGUUAAACAUGGUGGUGGUGAUGACAUCGAUCCAACAAAUAUGAUGCCGCCACCAAAUCAGAGACCCUCAGAAGGACAACCAUUUCCAUUACCAACUGGUCGGGUAAAAUCUACUAUUCCAAAAGCGGGUACUGAAAAUGAAACCUGGCAAUAUCCUUCUCAACAGAUGUUUUGGAAUGCCAUGUUGCGCAAAGGUUGGAAGUGGAAGGAUUCAGAAAUGGGACCUACUGAUAUGGAUAAUAUAAUAAAUAUACACAAUGCUAAUAAUGAACAAGCCUGGAAGGAAGUGCUAAAAUGGGAAGCUAUGCAUGCAUGUGAAUGUUCUACACCAAAAUUGAAGAAGUUCGGAGGCAAAGCUACACAAUAUUCACCAAGAGCCAGAAUACGUCAUUGGUUAGGAUAUGAAUUACCAUUUGACAGACAUGAUUGGAUUGUAGAUAGAUGUGGCAGGGAUGUGAGAUAUAUAAUAGACUAUUACGAUGGUGGUUCUGUUGAUCCUAAAUCUCAUGAAUUUACUCUUCUAGAUGUCAGACCGGCUUUCGACUCUUUCACAGCUUUUAAAGAUCGAAUGAAAGUGAACUAUAUGAGAUGGACUAUAAAAGAUGAUAAGAUUGUUGGUGGAACUGCAGUGGAUCAUAGUAAACCAAGUGUUGUUGAUAAUAGUAAACCAAGUGUGGCCUCGUAA